CACGAGUAUAGUGAUUAUCAUUAUCCUUAGCAUCACCACUACUACCAUCACCACGACAUAGCUAUGGCGCAAUUGACCAACGCAGACCUAAAAAGUUUCCCAAGCUUCUACGACUCGCCCAGAGAUGUAGGCGAUGUACUCAUAGGCGAGGACACCGCCCGCCUUCUCAUUGAAGCAAGCUCGUCUGGGAACGACACGGCCUUACAAAGCUUGCUAUCGCAACCACAAUGGAUCAAGAUAAUGCUGGAAGAGCUGCACCGCAUCUAUAGUGAGGAGUGUCCAAGUCAAGGCCCGCAUGAUGUGCGUCGCGUAAGCGCACGGCGAAUAUCAAACCUUGAACAGGCCUUGAUAGCAGCGGCUCUGAAUAGUCAAGUUACUGUUGUGUCCACAUUACUUGCCUUCGCAGCACAGCAAGGUAUUGACGCUUCUAGUAUCAUAUCGAUAUCGACUAUGUACAAGAUCGUUCGCGGUGGAGACGCCGCAGUUUUCAAGGCACUACUGUCUGCAGACCCAAAUAUCAUCAACUUCCGCCUCGGCCACGGCCAUGAGCUGCCACUUUACGAGGCUGUGAGGCUAAGACAACCCGACAUAGUCGCUGUGUUGCUCGAGUUUGGAGCGGAUCCAUUGCAUCCUGUUAAGCAGUCGAAAAAACUUGGGACCUACCGCUCGUCUCUGAUGUCUUUCGCCGCAUUCGCUGGUACACGCAUGACUGAGAUGCUGUUGGAACACGGUCUCCCUAUCGCUCAUACUGGUGCGUUACAUAGCGCUGCAAGUACCGGUCGUCUUGAUACUAUGCGCCUCCUGAUGCAGCAUGGCGCGGACGUGCACGAAGUCAUUUGGAGGGCUUGGACGCCGAUGCAUUUCGCCGCCUGGAGGGGCCGAGUCGAUGCCAUGAAGUUGUUGGAGCACAGUGGGGCACGUUCCGACCUGAAGGACGAGGAUGGGAAGACACCUGCACAACUACUGGAGGAGCAUAACACUGCUUAGCACUGGUACACGCCGACAAUGGGCAAUAUUGCUGGGCAAUGACUGGGAGAGGGCAGGAUAUUUCCUAAUUUGGUGGGAGUAUACUGCAGCAGGGAUCGGGCUUAGCGAUGAGGGCAGAGAGUGGAAAGAGUUGCUGGUAAAGAAAAUGCAGCCCUUUGAGAAUGGGAAAGAUUUUCCUCGGCAACCAAAAGACGAUUUGGGAAAGAGUUACGGGAGUGCAUACUAGCAUUGCUAACUGUAUAUCUAUGCUACAUUAGAAACGCCCACUAUUACACCUGUCCUUGGACCUUCUGCUAUGAAAAAGCUAAUCGUCUAAUACUCGGACUCUAACAAGAAGACAUGAUACGAUGCCAAGUAAAAUAUCAAGUUAAAUCAAGUGUAU